GCCAAAUUAAAUUUCUAUUCAGGCGUGUUCUCCAGGAUGAAGAUACGCAAGUAAGGGUGAAGACCUGUAUCUGCUGAGAGGAGUCGAGCCCUGAGCUCGAGUUCAUCAGAGGCCUUCCCAGAUGAUGACAGUAAACAUGGAUGAUGGUCUACGUAAUGGAGGUAGACAGCACUGGAAUUCACAGGAUGACGAAGAGGCACUUAACUCCAUCAUGAAGGACUUGGCUGCCCUGAGAUGCUGUUACCAAGCCAACAGCAACAACACCCACAAAACCAAAAGUAGGACUCAGGCCUACAGACAGGACUUACGCGUGAAGCUGGAACAUGAGAGAGAGAAAAGGAUCAUCCCUUUCCAGCGGCCGCUCAGAUUUAAGGAGCUUCUGCAGAAGGUCACGGAAGCGUUCGGGCAGCAGAUGGAUCUGUAUUACACCGAUAAAGAGGCCCUGGUUGCUCUGAAGUGUCAGGAUGAUUUGGAUAAGGCAAUACUUAGUCUGGGCUCCUCUACCGGUACCAACGGAGUCCUUAGAGUGGUCCUAAAAACACCCAAAAACAACCAUUUUUUACAGGUGAGCGGCAGAGACAAACAGAGUGAAAUGAGGUCAUCCAGGUCGCUGGGCGAUCUGAAAGGCUCUCUGCUCAAAGGAUCUGACAGAGUGCGCAAACACUCCACAGGGUCUCUGCACACGGGCCGCACCUCUCCGCCCCCGGGCAGCGUUCCCGACGAGCAGCAGCAGAUCGCCCGUCAGGGCUCCUACACCAGCAUCCACAGCGAGGGAGAGUUCAUCCCCGAAACCCUCGACCCCAACGUGGAUCCUUUUGGGAGUGCUGAUGGCUCUUUAUCUAGCAGCUGUCAAUCAAUAGACCAAGCUUUAGACAGCCCGCCCUUCUCCCAGAACAACCGUGACAAUAAUUACCUGAACAUCAGCUAUGAGUACAAAGGUCGUCACGGGAAGCACGGGACGUUUCCACGGCAGUUCCAUUUGUCCAGCCGCAGUAAGGAUUACGGCGAUGGCCGUAGGACGUUCCCACGCAGUUUUAUGCCACAGGAGAACCUAUUCCAGUUGGUUCCGUCCAGUCGCACCCGCAGCUAUAACGGAGACAGCACCAUGCAGUACGGAUCAGACCUGCACACACUGGGCUGGUCCGAGAAGAGCUCACCGCUCAACACACCCAAGUCCGCGCGGGCCCCAGUAAACUGGAGGCAGGGGAAGCUUCUGGGCCGUGGAGCCUUUGGAGAGGUCUACCUCUGCUACGAUGCCGACACGGGCAGGGAACUCGCCGUCAAACAGGUGCCUUUUGACCCCGACUGUCAGGAGACCAGCAAAGAGGUGAAUGCAUUGGAGUGUGAGAUACAGUUACUGAAGAAUCUUCGUCAUGAGAGGAUCGUUCAGUACUACGGCUGUCUACGGGACCCAGAGCAAAGGAAACUCUCCAUAUUUGUGGAGUACAUGCCAGGGGGCUCUGUUAAGGACCAGCUGAAGGCCUACGGUGCUUUAACAGAGAAGGUGACACGCAGAUACACCCGGCAGAUUCUACAGGGUGUCCACUACCUGCACAGUAACAUGAUCGUGCACAGAGACAUCAAAGGCGCAAACAUUCUUCGUGACUCCUCAGGAAACGUGAAGCUGGGAGACUUCGGCGCCAGCAAACGCAUCCAGACCAUCUGCGUGUCCGGAACUGGCAUCAAAUCCGUCACCGGCACCCCCUACUGGAUGAGUCCGGAAGUGAUUAAUGGAGAAGGCUAUGGUCGGAAAGCUGAUGUCUGGAGCGUGGCCUGCACCGUGGUGGAGAUGCUUACCCAGAAGCCCCCGUGGGCCGAGUACGAAGCCAUGGCCGCCAUUUUCAAGAUAGCCACCCAGCCCACCAAGCCCAACCUCCCCGACAGCGUCUCCGACUCGUGUAGGGACUUCCUGCGGCAGGUGUUUGUGGAGGAAAAGUGGAGACCCACUGCAGAAGGGCUACUCAGUCACCCCUUUGUCCAAGGGGGCUUCUGAGACCUUCAAUCGAGCUUCCAGGGUCCCCCUUGGGGCCUCCAGAUACCCCAUGGGAAAGUCCAGUCCAGUCCAGUCCAGUCCAGCCCAGCCCACCGAUAAUCACCACUCUACCUUCCAGGGUUCAGAGGCACCCCUCUUGC